ACAAUGAGCGUCCUCUGGCGUGAAGCCAGUUAACGCAACCAGCGCAAUCCAGCCGCAGUACUGCCAACGGGGCACGGCACGACAAAGCACGGCACGGCACGGCCCAGAAUAAGAAUGCGGGGGUUUUCUUAUACCAGGUCUAAGCGUUUCCUCUCCUGCUGGGACCAUGAUUCGGGGCCGCUGUCCACCGCGUCUGUCUCUGUCAUGCCUUCCGAUUGGCUUCGUCAAGUCACGUGACGCGGGUCUUCCAUGUCGCUCAGCCCAGAACAAGAGGCCCUACUGGGCCGGGUGUUUGAAGCCUAUGUGGCCGAGCACCACUGCGCUGACAUCCUGCAGCUCGUGGCAGACAGCACUGAGGAGAUGCACCAGGCAGUUGUAGUUAAUGCCAUGACGCUGUUUGAAGCCAGUAUGGAGGUGGGGGACUUCUUCAUUGCCUAUCCCACAGACGUCCUGGCUGUGUUUGAUAAGGUGCUCAACAGAUCGGCCAUAGAGCUCCUAGAGAAAGCAUCUCCAGAGCACCACACAGCACCACGAGCCAAGGAGCAGGGACUGAGGCACACGCUCCAUGCCCGCAUUACAGGUCUGCCCGUGUGUCCAGAGUUGACCAGAGACACCAUCCCCAGGUCCAGAGAUGUUGGACACUUUCUGUCUGUCACUGGUACUGUUAUACGGACUAGUGUUGCCAAGGUGCUGGAGUAUCAGCGUGAUUACAUGUGUGCAAAGUGUCGUCAUGUUUUCACAGCACAGGCAGAUUUUGACCAGUUCUACACUAUCGAUCCGCCGGUGACCUGUCCUAAUCCUGAAGGCUGUAACUCCUAUAAAUUCACCUGUUUAUCUGGGGGAUCUGAGCCUGCUGCCUGCAAGGACUACCAAGAGAUCAAGAUCCAAGAGCAGGUGCAGAGGUUGUCAGUGGGCAGCAUCCCUCGUUCCAUGGUGGUAGCUCUUGAGGAUGACCUUGUGGACAAUUGUAAAUCUGGAGAUGAUGUGACUGUCUACGGGGUGAUGUGCCAACGCUGGAGGCCGUUUCGUGACGGCUCCCGCUGUGAGGUGGAGCUGGUCCUCCGAGCCAACAACAUAGAAGUGACUAACCAGCAGGCUGCAACUGCUCUGCUCAUGAAGGAUGCUCAGAAAGAAUUUGAGGACUUCUGGAGCUGCUACAAACACGAUCCUUUAGCAGGAAGGAACCAGAUCCUGUUGAGCCUGUGCCCACAGGUGUUUGGCAUGUAUGUGGUCAAACUGGCAGUGGCCAUGGUGCUGGCUGGUGGUGUACAAAGAAUAGAUUUAUCUGGGACCAAAAUCAGGGGGGAGUGUCACAUGCUGCUGGUUGGGGACCCUGGCACUGGAAAGUCUCAGUUUCUGAAGUACGCGGCUAAGAUCAUGCCUCGCUCUGUGCUCACAGCUGGAAUAGGAUCAACAAGUGCAGGAUUGACGGUAGCAGCAGUGAAAGAUGGAGGCGACUGGCAUCUGGAGGCAGGGGCCCUGGUGCUGUCAGAUGGUGGUUUGUGCUGCAUUGAUGAAUUUAACAGCAUCAAGGAACAUGACCGCAUCAGUAUCCACGAAGCCAUGGAGCAGCAGUCUAUUAGUGUGGCCAAAGCUGGAAUGGUGUGUAAGCUGAACACUCGCACCACUAUCUUGGCAGCUACCAACCCCAAAGGCCAGUACGAUCCAAACGAAGCACUCUCGGUCAACGUGGCCUUAGCCAGCCCUCUGCUGAGUCGCUUUGACCUGGUUCUGGUUCUGCUGGACACUAGGAACCCAGAGUGGGACAGAGUAAUUUCUUCUUUCAUACUGGAAGACACAGGACUACCUACUGACUCCUCCAACCUGUGGUCCAUGGAGAAGAUGAAGGCUUAUUUCACUGUGAUUAAACGUUUGCAGCCUCAGGUGUCUGAGGAGGCCAAUGCCAUCUUGACGCGUUACUACCAAAGACAGCGGCAGAGUGACGGCCGCAACGCCGCCCGCACCACUAUUCGCAUGUUGGAGAGUCUGAGCAGACUCGCUGAGGCCCACGCCAGGCUGAUGCACAGAGAGACGGUGAGCAUAGAGGAUGCCGUCAUGGCCGUCUCUGUGAUGGAGUGCUCCAUGCAGGGUGGGGCUCUCCUGGGAAGCGUGAAUGCAUUGCUCACCUCAUUCCCUGCUGAUCCUAGUCUGCAGUAUCAAAGCCAGUGUGAGAUACUGCUGGAGGGGCUGAACCUGCCCCAGCUCCUUCACAAGGAGCAGACUCGACUGGCCAGGCUAAAAAUCACCCCAGAGACCUCCCAGUCUGAUUCCAUGGAAAAUGAUAACCAGCAUCGGCUCCAGGACACAGACUCCCUCACUCCAACUGUGCACCGUGGCCUCACCAGGAACAAGGGCGAAGUACCUGUGGAUAGCAGCCUGGACUGGUUCCACUCCAUCACCUCAUCCGUGUCAUCAGAUGAUCCGACUUCGCCUAAAGUUACAUCCACUCAGGACAACCACACUGGACAGCAAGCGUCCGCAGUAGUCAAACAGCCAAACUGGCACACUGAGAUGAACGUCAGUAGGAAUAACUUGACAUCCGAUGGGGACGAUGCUUCACAGAAGGAAAAGGCAAUAAAAGGGACUGGUGAAAACAGGAAAGAAACACCAAACCAAAAGGAGGCAAGGGACGAGUUUGUGAUUCAGAAAGUCUCUAAGAAUCUCAGAGACCGAAGACUGGAGCUAAAACAGCAGCAGUGUGAGGAAGGAGGCGGCGGUGGCCAGAAAGAAGCGUCAGGAGGUAAAGCCAGUAAAUGUACGGCCGGUGCUGCAACUAGCAGCUCGCUGUCAUCAGACAGCCCAGUUCAAGGCAACCUGUGCUCCAGUAAACCCAGCCGAUCAGAGUCAGAGAGCACCAAGAGCAUUUCUACCGUACUAAAGGAGCAGGCUGCCGAUGCGCAAGUAGAUCUGCAGGCUAAGCUGUCAGGCUUUGUAUUCAAACCCAGAAAGAUGAGACCUCCAGGCCCUGACAUUGAUGCUCCCUCUGUCAGCGGAGCGUUCCUCCCUGGGGCUGGCAGGGAUCACACUGGCACAGGAGGCAGAGAGAGUAAACGGGCAGCUGAGGCACACCACCAGCGGCAGCCUCCCUCCAAGAGAGGAGGCAGUGUGUCUGAGGUGGGAGAUGGCAGGAGUCAAGCCAUUUGUUCUACAGUUAAAGAGGUGGAAAGGGACCAAUCAGCGCAAGGACAGAGGUUAGGUGGAAUAAAGGAAAGUGGGAGUAAAGCCCAACGAGUCUUUGUGUGUGGUGAGACUGAAGGACGGCGCUCGGCAGGCGCCCCAGCUUCAAAUUCAACCUGUAACACCAACCAUCCAGCUCCAUCCAAGUCAGCUGCGGCUAAACUUUCACGAUUCGCAUUCACCUGCACAACUGAACCCAUGACCACGGCUCCAAGCAGAGUGGAGGAAAGAGGCAAAGUCAAGAGGGCCCUGGACCCUGAGCUCCCUGGGGGACAGGUACGCCAUCAGGGGGCUCCGUCUGCUGCUCCUGCCAGCCACAGUCGUGGUAACGGUCCCUUUGGCUGUGGAAGCACUGCCAGUCUGAAGAAGAGGAAGUGCUUUGAGCUGGGACCUGCACCAACUACUGCUGGUCUCGUCUCAGGACUGUCCCUGUUUGAUUCUGAGGACUUAGGCAAUGAUGUGUUUGACACUGACUGGGAUCGAGAGGUUUCAAAGAAAGCUAAAGUCUAAAAUGACAGAUGCCACGAUGAAUAAUAUACCACCAUGAUGCUCAGCAGCCGACAACCUGAUGAUGUGGUAGCAUUCUAUAAAAAAAAUGUUAUUUUUUCGUAUUUUUCUUCGUGUUCACUGAGCUGACGGCCCAAGGAAAGCCAUGGCUGUUGGCACAUGGACAAAAACCUUGUUUUUCCUGUAGAUGUUUUAAGAUUGUACAUUAUUAUUUGCAUCAUUGUGCUUAUUAUCACUGCUCGCACAGUGCUGGAGACUCUAAGACGUUUUAGUUCACCAUGGACUUGUCUCCAGGGUCACACCUACAGCUGCUGAGCCUCCAACCUGGCUGAGAGGAAACUGGACCAGGAGAGAGCAGACUCCACACAGGACCCACCAGUACACGGCAUUACAGAGACUCAGAGAUUCUCACAGCUGGAAUAGUGGAAUAAUAUAUAAUACUAUAGAAUAAUAGCUGUGUGUAUAACAUAAUGAGUAAAGCUCAAAAUCCUUAUAA